AUGGCUGUGGCACUUGCAGCGUUGAGCCUAGGCUCUAGCAUCCUUCAGGCCAUCGACUUCGGAUCGACGUUCGUGUCGAUGGCUCGCAAGAUCCGCGGUGUCACUCACCGCAACCAGGAAAGUCUUGAUGAAAUAGCAUCUCUCCGUGUUCUCAACACCAAUCUCAGUGAUCUUAGCGGGACAUUCGCACACAAUCAGGUGCCACUGAUCUGGCAAGCGAGAGCAAUCGAGUUGGUACGCUCGCUGAAUGAACUUGGUCUUGGAGAUGCAGCUCGAAAGCGGGACGCCCUCUACUCAGCAUUCAGGUUGACAUGGAAACGAGAUGAUAUCAAUGGCCUUCGGGCAAGAGUCAACGACUUUAGGUCUCAAUUGACUCUGAGCUUGCUUGUUUCCAUGCGAUAUUAUGCCAGCCAAUCCCUGAUCCAACAGAGUGCGAUUCUCAGAGGACUUCGGGAGGUCCGGAAAAGCACUCAGCCCGGGGGAAGCACCAUAAGCAACACUUCGGACCCCUUCGGAACCUCUGUCUUGAACUACGUCACCUGGAAGCUCCAUCGUAGGCAGCAAGAUCUAGCAAAGCUUUUUCUCAAGACCGACAUCAUUCGUGCCGUACGCGACGCCCCAGCAGGUCGUUCGGAAGUACGUUCCUGCAUUGUGGGAGCGACUAUCCCAGAGGAGGCUGGGAAGCGGUCUCUCAAUAACGACAAAUGGGCCGCUUUCAAAGACUGGCUCGAGUCAGACGUCAAGUCAUACUGGAUUACAAGGAAGGCCGGCGCUCAGGAAAGUCUACCUUAA